AUGACAGUCGCGAUCGGACAGUCCGCUGCGGGUGUGCUGUCGCUGCUGGAAGAAGAAGACAAUGUGCUGAAGGCUCAUGCGCUGGAACAGCUGAACCAGGUGGUGGAUCACCAUUGGGCAGAGAUUGCCGACGCCAUUCCACUCAUUGAAGAGCUGUCGGAGGAAAAGAGUUUUCCGAACCGUGAACUAGCUGCUUACGUGGCGUCCAAGUGCUUUUUCCACUUGGAGGAAUACGAAGAUGCGCUGCGUUUGGCGCUCGGAGCUGGCAACUACUUGGAUCUAAACAUGCGCUCGCAGUAUACAGACACGAUCAUUGCCACGUGCAUCGACAAUUAUGUGGCUGUGCGUGCCAAGGAAGACGUGGAGGCGGAGAAGGCACUGGACCCGCGACUGACACAUGUGGUGGAACGCAUGUUUGAGCGCUGUUACGCGGCAGGAGAGUUUCGUCAGGCUAUGGGCAUUGCUCUAGAAGCUCGGCGACUGGACCAGGUCAAGGAGUGCCUCGCUCGUUCUACAGACGUGUCGGCUGCUCUCUCGUACUGCUUCGAGAUUUGCAAGACGGUUGUGAGCAACCGACACUUUCGUCUCAAGGUGUUUGAAGUCAUGCUGGAAGUGUACCGCUCGCGACCGACCCAAGACCACGUGAGUCUGUGUCAGGUAUUGCAGGUGCUGGACAAUCACGUGGAAGUGAGCAAGAUUCUUGAGCAGCUCGUGCGUGGCACUGAUUGCGACUGCCUCAUUGCUUUCCAAGUGGUGUUCGACCUCAACGAAAACGAGAACCAGAAGUUUCUCAUGAAUGUCUAUCACUCGCUGCCAAGUCCACCGUCUCCACCUGCUGAAUCGGCGGCCACAGACGCGACUACUACGGCUGAAGAGGGCAAGACGGAGUCGCUUGCAUCCGAUCCUGCAACGUCGAUUGUGCCUGCCACGCCUCCUCCAGCGCCUGCCGGUGCACGUGCUGAUUACUGGGAUAAAUUGUCGAAACUAAAGCAGAUCCUGUCGGGCGAAUUCCUCGUGGACCUAAAGCUCGACUUUCUUCACAGCCGAAGCGACUCUGAUCCACUCAUUAUGAAGACCAUCAAGACGGCUGUCGAGAAUCGCAACUCGGUGCUGCACCACGCUGCUGUGAUUGCGCACGCCUACAUGAAUUGCGGCACGACGUCAGAUUCGUUUUUGCGCGAGAACCUCGAGUGGCUCGGAAAGGCCACCAACUGGGCCAAGUUCACAGCCACUGCUAGUCUGGGUGUAGUACACAAGGGCCACGUUCGUGAAAGCAUGAACCUUCUUGCCCCGUACCUACCACAGGGCGGUAUAACAACUUCUCCGUACUCGGAGGGCGGGGCUCUCUACGCGAUGGGUCUGAUCCACGCGAACAAGGGAUUUGCAAGUGCCGGCAGCAAGAACACGAUGCAGUAUCUGCGGAACGCGCUGAAAAACGCUGGCUCGGACGAGACCGUGCAGCAUGGCGCGUGUUUGGGGAUCGGCCUGUGUGGGCUAGCCUUGCAUGACUACGAACUAUAUGAAGAGUUGAAAGCCGUGCUUUUCACUGACUCAGCGGUCGCAGGCGAAGGUGCAGGGAUUGCCAUCGGUCUGACGUUGCUUGGUGCAGGUGGUGAAGCACGCAACGGUGAGAUUGUCAAGGACUUGCUGGCUUACGCGCAUGACACGAAGCACGAGAAAAUCAUUCGUGGCUGCGUGAUGGGCAUUGCGCUGAUAAUGUACGAACGCGAAGAGCAGGCUGAUGCACUGAUUGAGCAGCUGACCCGCGACAAGGACCCGCUGAUUCGCUAUGGUGCCAUGUACACCAUAGCAAUGGCAUACGCCGGCACGGCAAACAACAACGCGAUUCGGCGCCUCCUGCACGUCGCUGUGAGCGAUGUUUCGGAUGAUGUACGCCGUGCUGCUGUAACAUGCCUCGGCUUUAUCCUGUUCCGUACGCCUGUGCAAGUGCCGAAACUGGUGUCGCUGUUGGCUGAGAGUUUCAACCCUCAUGUCCGCUAUGGCGCUUGUGUAGCGGUCGGUAUUGCGUGCGCUGGUACCGCCAAGAACGAGGCAAUCCAGCUGCUAGAGCCACUGCUUGAUGACGCCGUAGAUUACGUACGUCAAGGCGCGCUGUUGGCAUUGGCCAUGGUAAUGAUGCAGGAGUCUGAGGGCUGUAAUCCAAAGGUGGCAUCGAUCCGCGCCAAAAUUCUGAAGCUGAUCACGGAUAAACACGUGACCACGAUGACCAAGAUGGGUGCCAUCCUGGCACAGGGUAUCCUGGACGCAGGUGGUCGCAACGUCGUCAUUUCGUUGCAGUCUCCCACCGGGUUCACAAAGAUGGCCGCUGUCGUUGGACUGGCAAUCUGGGCACAGCACUGGUUCUGGUACCCUCUUUUCAACUUCCUGGAAUUGUCGUUCCAGACGACGAUGGCGGUCGGCCUCAACAAGGACCUGAAGCUUCCGCGUGGAUUUGAGCUCAUUUGUAAUGCGAAGGAGUCCGCUUUUGCCACACCCAAGCGACUGGAGGAGAAAAAAGAGGAAAAGAAGGAGCUUGUCGCCACGGCGGUGUUGUCGACAACCGCCAAGGCGCGCGCACGCCAGGCGAAGCAGGAUGCAAAGGAAAAGCCGGACAAAGUUCUUGAUGCCAGUGGCGACAUCGUCAUGGAGGAGAAGGAAACGUCUGCAGACGACGAAGAGAAGAAGGAGGAAGGCGGUGAGGCUAUGGAGGUGGAUGCCGUGGGGUCUAAGCCAGUUGCUGGUCCAAAAGCAGCAGCAGCAGCUAAAGAACCGAGCAGGUUUACAUUUACGACGCCUGCUCGCGUAACGUUGGCACAGGAAUCUGUGAUCACCCUCGAUAAAUCGCAGCGGUACAUUCCGGUAAUGUACCCCACACAGAGGCUGACGGGUGUCAUCAUGCUGCAUGACACAACGCCCGACGAGGCGGAGGAUGUGGAGGCUGUAAAGGCACCUGCUGCUGCGGGCGCAGAGAAUGAAGCAGAGCCUCCUGAGCCGUUUGAGUGGGAGCCCCCUCAGUAG